AUCCCCCACAGAUCUCUCUUGGCCGUCCACAGGGAAAGAUUAGCACAGUGCUCUCACGGCUCCCCGGUUGGAUUAACUGAAAGUAAACGGAAUUUCACGGAGUUUGCAAUUCAUUUGAAAUCAAAGUUUUUUGCGCAGAAGUCCAAUUGUCAAAGAACGUGGAGAGGAAUUUGCAAAAGAACCUCGCACAACUUGUUGAUUUUCCCUAAAUUCCCCGGAAGUUCCUGAAAAGCAGAAAGGAUGGCUGGACGUGUGGUUGUGUAUGGAGGUCGUGGAGCCCUGGGAAAUGCAUGCGUGCAGCACUUCAAGAAGAACAAUUGGUGGGUGCUGAGCAUCGACAUGGCAGCCAAUGAGACUGCUGAUGCCAAUGUACUGGUUGAGAAGGACGCCACGUGGGUGGAUCAGGAGUCUGCUGUGCUAUCCCAGGUUGGAAGCGCCCUCAGUGACUCCAAGGUGGAUGCUGUGAUUUGCGUAGCCGGUGGAUGGGCCGGUGGGAAUGCAGCUAAGGAUCUUGCCAAGAACAGCGAUCUCAUGUGGCGCCAGAGUGUGUGGACAUCAGCAAUCUCAGCUGCAAUUGGGGCUAACUACCUCAAACCCGGUGGAGUGUUGAGUCUCACUGGAGCUAAACCCGCUUUGGACGGUACUCCCGGGAUGAUUGGCUACGGCAUGGCUAAGGCAGCAGUGCACCAGCUCACAAAAUCCCUCGCAGGCAAAGAUUCGGGACUUCCUGACAAUUCCCUGGUCGUUGCCAUUCUCCCUGUAACCCUCGAUACCCCCAUGAAUCGCAAAUGGAUGCCCAAGGCAGACUUCAGCACCUGGACCCCCCUAGAAUUCGUAGCGGACACCUUCCUGAAGUGGACCAAGGGUGAAGAGCGCCCAACUAGUGGUAGCCUCUUGCAGGUCAUCACUGAAAACUCCGCCACAAAACUCAUUCCCGCCGAAUGAAUUGAUGGGACCAACGAAUCUCCGGCAUUCCGAAGCGCCCCCAAGACAAUAAGUCAUCUCUGAGGAAAAAAAAAUCUUGAAAAAUCUGUGUAACUCCCAUGUGAGAAUAAAAGUGUUAUUGAUGUAGCAAUA